AUGGGCGGCAUCAGGCCUGUUCACUGGGCCCUGAUCCUGGCUCACAUACUCCUACUGCAAAUUCAACCCAUCAAGGUCCAGGGAGCAGAUCCAGUGUCACAGAAACUGCGACGGCUCAAUGAACAGUUCCAGCAGUUCCAGGCCCUGACGCAGGCCCCGCUUGGAUAUGCUGACCCUGAUCCAGAACCGCAACUCCUCUGGGGGUUGGAGAGUCGUGUUCAGGCCCUGAAUGACCAUUACCACCACAUGUCACAUGAUCUUGAACAUCUCAAACAGAGUACAACUCAGGAGUUAGGCAGUCUCAGAGAGUGGAAUAAGAAGCUUGAGAAGAAGAACAAACGGAUGGAGGGUCGUAUGGCUUUAAUAGAGAGGAACUUGAGGGACAACUGUCGACAAUUCCAGAAACAGAAACCUGAUCUUGGUCAAGAUUUUUCUAACCUCACCUUGGAGCUCCAGAACCAAGAGGAAAGGUUGGCGGCCCUGCAAAUCCAACGUGAUGAGCUGCUCAUCGGCCUGAAAGGUUUACAGGAUUCCUUAAAAAAACAGGAGCUUCGUGUGAUCCAACUGGAGGGGCGGCUCAGUGAGAACUGGAGGUGGAAUGGAGGAGGAAACAGUGGAGGUUUGUGGAGGGAUGGAGAUGACUUUGACUCCAAUGUCGCUCCUCAGGAACAUUAUGAUCCACGCAAGAGAAGCCAGAUGCAAAGAGGAAGGAGACCAGGAGGGAUUCUGGAUGGACAUGCCCAACCCAGGACAGGAAGUUUUGGACUUUCCAUGACUGAUCGCUUCACUCCACCGCAAAACAGAGCAAAGCAACCGAAGCAGACGAAGAUCCAGAGGCCGAGACCCCAGGCAGAAGCCCAUCUGCAGAGACCAGCCCAGUAUGCAAACCCUGGACUCCACUCCCUUGACUCUCAGCCUCAGCCAGGACAUGACCUCAGCCGACACAUGCAGCAUCCCCAGUCUCAGAUCCAGCUGCCGGCUCAAACGCGGCCCUACCCAGUCACGCAAGAACAGCUGCUUCCUAAACCUUAUGGCGCCACCCAGCAUGGAGUCCUGCAAGACAGAAAAACCCAGGUCCAACUCCAUCCUAAACCCACUAAAGAGAGUCAGACCCCCCAGCACCGACUUCCUGUGUGGGAUAAAGGACGGGAGGAAGACAGCAACACAAAGGAAGAGCCUUCAGUCAUACAUAACUUCCUUCAACUUCCACUGAGGCACAAAAUCCCAGAUCGACCAGUUGUCAAAAAAGAUGCAACCAUUUGCAACGUGGACUCCAUGCUGUUCUUCCCCUCUGCCUCUGAACAGAACUACGUCACCUUCUCCUUAAGUCUCCCCAACCUUCCUGAACUUUCUAUGUGUCUGUGGCUCCGUGUGGACACCUCUCAUGUGGGCACGUUGCUCUCCUACGCCACUCAUGACAAUGACAACCAGUUAGUUUUGUAUGGGCGUAACUCCUCUGUCUCGUCUACAUCCUUCUCUGCUUCUUCCUCAUCAUCCCAUCUUUCCUAUUCUUCUCUUUUCGCACCAAAAUCCUUCCCCUCCCUGGACUUUGUCAUUGGAGACCCCGUCUUUCGGCGUCUUCCCAUCUCCUCUCUUAUGGACUCCAGGUGGCAUCAUCUCUGCGUCGUCUGGUCCUCCAUUCAGGGUCGUUUCUGGCACUACAAUAACCGCCGCCUCGCCUCCACAGGCUCCGACUUCAGGAAGGGCUGGGAGAUUCCUGGAGGUGGAUCAGUGGUGCUGGGGCAGGAGCAGGACUCUGUAGGCGGGGGGUUUGACAGGGCAGAGGGUUUUGCUGGACAAAUGGCAGGGUUCAGAAUAUGGGACCGGGUGCUGAGUCCUUCUGAGGUGGAAGGGGUGGCAGAAGGCCGAGGGGUGCCCAGAGGGGUGGUGCUCGGCAUGGAGGACAUAAAACAGGUACAUGGGGAGGUGCAGCAGGUGGCAUGUGAAUGUUUAGAGCACUGUCUCUGAUUAACCCAUAACAGAAGAGUCAGGAUUCUAUGGGCCUGUAUAAUUCACUACAAACCCAAACCUAGACAAACUCCAGAUUUCAUACCACUUUUGACGACUAUCCAGUCUAUAAAGGUCACUGUAACUGUGCAUUUGUUGGAAAUAAUUGCUUUUUGGCAUUUAAUGCUUUGUUUUUAAAACUAUGGACAGUUCGAGGAAAA